AUGGUGUUGUGGCGUAUACGUGCAAAUAUGGAGGAAAUUGAUGUUGGACGUCAUUACUGGGGGCAUCCGACAAUCUUUUCCAUUAGGUUAUACCAUGGUGGAGAGUUCGCCAAAUUUCCUGGAAGAAAGUACAUCAAAGGAAAACAAACGUAUAUAGACUUACUCGACAUGGAUACUUUCUCAGUGCAUGACAUUGAUGAAAUGAUGGAACAGUUAGGCUAUGUUGAUGAAGGUAUACCUUUGUACUAUCACUUUAAACGACCUUUUUCAGAUUUAGAUUUCGGGUUAUUUGCUUUGGGUAGUGAUCAGGAUGUGAGACAUCUGGGUACCUUCAUUUCCAAGCAUAAGUUGAUUGAAGUCUAUAUUAAGCAUGGAAAAACCCAAUUACAUACGUACACAAUGUCGCCAAAUCAAGCAAAAGUUCAAAUAAAGGAAAUUAUUGAACCUCCAUCAUGUUCUCGUAGGCUUUUCUUAGAUUGGUAUGAUACUGGGGAGACAAAUGUUGUUGGGGAUGCUUCUAAAGAGGCUAAUGUAAUGGACGUCACUGGAGAUGACAAUAUGGACAUAACUGAUAAUGGGGAUAAUAACAAGGAAGGAAAUCCAUGUGUUGAAGUUGAAAUUGGGGACAUAUUUGAGCACACGAAUGAAGUUGAAUUUAGGGAUGGUAACAAGGGUGGAGAAGAUCCAUGGUCUAAAUUUGAAAGUGGGGACAUGUUUGAGGACAUAAACGAAGAAGAAUUUGGAAGUGGGGACAACUUUGACGAUGAUAGUGGUUAUAAAUCCAGUGAGUCCGAUGAUAUAGACUUUUAUGUUGACAAUGACAACAUCUUAGAUGAUGUAGAAGUUGACAUGAAUGAUUUCAAUGAUAACAUUGAUAUGGAUGCAGAGUGGGUUGGAGGUAUGAAUGACAAUGUGGUACAAGAAGAGAAUGAAGUUGGAGAGCUUAAUGAAGUACUAAAUAACGAGGUACUUUUUUCAGGAUCAUCUUCAGAUGAAGGUCCAGUUGGUCAACGAAAGAAGACCAUCAAAGCUAUCCAACGAGCUCAUGAGAAUGAUGAAGCAAAUGUUGCUGAACCAUUUUAUAUCCUUCAAACCUUUAAUACAGCCCAAGAGUUUAAAGAAAGAGUUAAAGUCCAUGCUAUUGAGACAAGAAGGGAACUUGGUUUUGAAAAAAAAUGA